AACCACGUGUUACUCAGCUUUGCGUCUCAUUAGUUGUUGGUCACAUGAUCGCAAAGGACUGACCAAUCAGAGCGAAGCCUUAUGAGCUGCCUCCUUUUCUUCCUAGCUAACUAAUACCGUCGACCGCCGGUUUAGUUUCAGUACUCAGUUGUCGAAACGGAUUAGUACGUCGUAGAUCGUAGAUCGUAAAUCGAGAAAGGAUUGAUUUCGCUGGAACAUAAGAGGGUGAAAAAAGAUUUAGACAAAAAUGUCGCAAAGGGGAAGAGGAAGUCGUGGGAGAGCCAUACAACAGCGUACAGGUACUUUGCAGCAAGAACAGCAACUUCCUCAUGCUCAAGUAUCGAGUAGUGGGGCUGUUCGCAGACCGGGACAACCUGCUGCGCAAGCCUCUACGAGCACUGGUGGACGCGGUCAAAAGCACAUUGGUGAGAAAGGUGAUAGCGCAGCAGUUGGACAAUUAGGCAGAGGCUUUGAAAGAAUGGGAAUUCAGUCUGGCAGUGGCAGUGGAGAUGCAGCCAGUGGUCCUGCACCUGUUGUAUCAGGUGGAAGAGGAUGUGCUCGCGGCAAGAGAAUUUUACCUGCGGAUAUUUUUGUUACAAAGCCGAGCCAUAUAAAAGAGAAAAAGGGAACAUCCGGCAGGGGGGUAAUGUUACAAACAAAUUACUUUAAGUUACUUAAGGCGACUGAUUGGGCCAUUCACCAGUAUCACGUCGAUUUCGCGCCCGAAGAGGAUCGCACAGCAGUGCGUAAAGGUUUGCUUAAACUGCAUCAUAAGCGUAUUGGUCCGUACAUCUUUGAUGGAACUGUAAUGUACACAAGUCAUCGAUUGCCUGAGGAAAAGUUAAUAUUGACAUCAACUCGACAAUCGGAUGAGCAACAUAUAACGAUCACUGUUCGUCUUGUUGGUGAUAUGCUGGUGGGAGAUAUCCAUUAUAUCCAAUUUUUUAAUAUUAUUAUGAGAAAAUGUUACGAGUUUAUGCAAUUAAAAUUGGUUGGCCGCAAUUAUUUUGAUCCUGAAAGUAGAAUUACCUUGCCGGAAUAUCAAUUGGAAUUAUGGCCAGGAUAUGUGACAUCUAUUCGUCAACACGAACAUGAUAUAUUAAUGUGCGCCGAAAUAACAAGCAAAGUUAUGCGGUUAGACACCUUGGUGGAUAUCCUGAAUUCCUGCUAUCAAGAAGAUAGACAACGAUACAGAGAAAAUUUUGUUAAUACUGUGAUUGGUACAGUAGUUCUUACUCAUUAUAACAACAAUACAUAUCGCAUCGAAGAUGUGGAUUUUUCUACAACUCCUACCAGUUCAUUCCCAUUGAAAAAUGGCGACAAAAUAACAUAUAUUGAUUAUUAUAAAAAAAAAUAUGGAAUAGUCAUAAAAAAUCAGAGACAACCCAUGCUUGUAACUAAAUCUAAAACAAGAGAUCGACAAGCUGCAGAAGCAGAACGAGUUUAUUUGGUACCCGAACUAUGUCGAGCGACAGGUUUGACUGAUUUCAUGAGAGAAAAUUAUAGGCUUAUGGCAAGCGUGGCUACACACACCCGUCUCAGUCCAAGAGCGCGUAUUGGGAAAUUGAUGAAUUUUAAUCAAAGACUUCACAGGACAGACAAGAUAGUAAAAGAACUUUCUGAGUGGAAUUUGCAAUUAGAUAAUAAGUUACUUGAUAUACCUGCGCGUGUACUACCCAAUGAGCAACUUCGAUUUGGUGGAAACUCAUAUCUUACAACUUCAAAGGGCGAUUGGUCGAAAGAGAUGCAAACUAAAAGUUGUUUAGUUUCCAAACAAUUACGCGAUUGGAUUAUCAUAAUUGCGGACAGAGAUAAGAGUGUUCUAACGAAUUUUAUAAAUCUUCUAAUUAAAGUAGCCAAAGGAAUAUCGUUUUGUGUAGAAAAACCGCAGGAACACAUUAUUCGCGAUGACAGACCAGGUACAUAUAGUGAAACACUAGAACAAAUUCUGAGCAAAAAAAUACCGCAAUUGGUAUUUUGUGUGGUAUCGAACAAUCGCAGCGAUCGCUACUCUGCAAUUAAGAAGAAGUGCUGCGUAGAUCGACCUAUACCAUCGCAAGUUUGCUUGAUUAAAACUUUGACUCAUAGAAAUAUCAUGUCUAUUGCUACGAAAAUAGCAAUACAGAUGAAUUGUAAAUUAGGCGGAGCACCAUGGUGCGUAGAUAUUCCGUUAGAAGGGCUGAUGGUCGUUGGAUUCGACGUUUGUCAUGACACAACUGUCAAAAGUAAAGAUUUUGGCGCUAUGGUAGCGACCCUAGACAAAUGUAUGACGAGAUAUUUCAGUGCAACGAACGCACAUGCAAAUGGUGAGGAAUUGUCAAACGAUCUUUCUCAAAACAUUUGUAAGGCCGCGCAGGCCUACUAUAUAACGAACAAAGCUUUGCCAUCACGCAUUGUGGUUUAUCGCGAUGGCGUUGGCGAUGGACAGAUACCGCAGGUGAUGGAGCACGAAGUAGUGCAAAUAAGAAAAUCUCUUGACGUGUUAUACGGGGGCCCGAAUAAAUACAAAAUGGCGUUUAUAAUUGUGACGAAACGAUUAAACACGCGAUUCUUCUUCAAUAACGACAAUCCAGAGGCAGGCACGGUGGUCGACGAUAUUAUCACGAGUCCAAUCAAAUACGACUUCUUCAUCGUGUCGCAACAUAUUAGACAAGGCACGAUAUCACCCACUUCGUACAGUGUAAUCUAUGACAAUCUCGGUUUAGAUGCAGACAAGAUACAACGUAUGACAUACAAAUUGACCCAUAUGUACUACAAUUGCUCGAAUACUGUUAGAGUACCGGCUCCCUGUCACUAUGCUCACAAACUAGCGUUUCUUGUAAGUAGAUUCAUUCACCGAUCCCCGGAUUCGCAAUUGCAAAAUUCAUUAUACUUCUUGUAAUUUCUCUCUUAUGUUUCAACAUUAUUUUUAUUACUUAUAUUAUCAUAUUUCAUUCUUUUAAUUUUAUAUGUACUUAUAGAUAUUAUUUUUAUUUUGUUUUUAUUGAUAUAUCUAAGAUACAAAUUACUUAUGGAUAUACUAUUUUUUUAAUUUUGUGAUUAUCUGAAGAAAAUACUUCAAAAGAAGUAGAGAAAUAGAAAUAAGAAAAAUUAGAAAUCUAUAAAGAUUAUCCUACAUUAAGAACGAUGAUUUAUUUAUUAAGAGAAUAAUAAUAAAGUUAAAAAAGAAAAGAUAGAAUAUAGACAAGACUUACAUUUUCGGUUAGGAUUUUUGUUGUCUCAAUUUUUCAAAUAAUCCUCGACUUUCCUAAUUUUUUAAGAGAUAAAACUGGAUUAUGAAUUGUAAUUAUGAAGUCUUCACAUAUAAAACAUCAAUAGUAUAAAUUGGUAAAAUUAUGUGAAAAUUUUUUUCACAUUAUUUUUUAAAUAAUUUUUUAUUACAUUAUAAUUAUAUGUUUAACAUAUCUUACAUUUCCAGUCUCUAAAUUCUCAGUCUCUUUUGAUAAUGAGCUAUUAAUUUAUGAAUUUGAAAACGAAAUAUUUAGUAUAACAGGGUGUUUAUUUUUCUAGAAAAACAUAGAACAUUCUCAGAGAUUUUUUUUAUAUCUGAAACACACACACACACACACACACUGCUCUAUAAUAAUCGCUUCACUCGUAAUGUGCAGAUAGAGCGGUUUAAAUCUUUUCGUUUGAAAAGCAUUAGAAAACGCCUACAAUAAAAAUUAUUUUAGAAAAUUGCAUGACAAAAAAUGUUAAAAAUAUUCUCUUUAGCUAGAAUUUUGAACAAAAAUAUCUGGUAGAUUAGAAAAUUUUCAAAGAAAUUUUUUACAGGAUUUGAAUAGACACCCUGGAUAACAUAAA